GCAGCAGCAGCAGCAGCAGUGAGUGUAGUAGUAAAAUCUGCCUUCCUCACAGUCAGCUCGCAUUUUGUGUCACCGUGUCACCGGGAGAAGAGAGGAGCGACAGACUGCUGCUGCGCGUCCGGGCCAAACCAGUCACUAAAUCCACGCGACACGCCGCUGCGGGCAAUGACAUUGGCGCUCUGAAGUGGGAAUACACGAGAAAACGCAAAAAUGACGGUGGACUUUGAGGAAUGUAUCAAAGAUUCACCCAGAUUCAGAGCUGGCAUCGACGAUGUGGAGACGGAUGUGGUGGAGAUCGAGGCAAAGCUCGACAAGCUGGUGAAGCUGUGCAGCGGGAUGAUCGAGGCCGGCAGGGCCUACGUCAGCGCAAACAAACUCUUUGUGAAUGGCAUCAAAGACCUGUCCCAGCAGUGCAAGAAGGAGGAGAUGAUAUCAGAAUGCCUUGAGAAGUGUGGCGAGAGACUCCAGGAAAUCGUCAACUACCACAUGAUUCUGUUCGACCAGGCUCAGCGGUCCAUUAAGCAGCAGCUUUACACCUUCAUUAAAGAGGAUGUGCGUAAAUUCAAGGACACUAAAAAGCAGUUUGACCGCGUCCGUGAGGACAUGGAGCUGGCCCAGGUGAAGAACGCUCAGGCGCCCAGGAACAAAGUCCACGAGGCAGAGGAGGCCACGCAGGCCCUCAUCCUCAGCCGUAAAGCCUUCAGGCACCUGGCGCUGGACUAUGUACUACAGAUUAAUGUUCUACAGGCGAGAAAGAAGUUUGAAAUCCUGGAUGCUAUGUUGUCCUUCAUGAGAGCCCAGUACACUCUGUUCCAGCAGGGCUUCAACAUCUUGGAUGAGAUUGACCCCUACAUGAAGAAACUAGCAGCACAGCUGGAUCAGCUGGUCAUCGACUCGGCCAUGGAGAAGCGAGAUUUGGAGCAUAAACACGCGAUCAUCCAGCAGAGAACUCUGAUGCAGGACUUUUCCUAUGAUGACCCCAAGCUGGAAUUUAAUGUGGAUGCUCCCAAUGGUGUGGUCAUGGAGGGCUACCUCUUCAAGAGGGCGAGCAAUGCUUUCAAGACCUGGAACAGACAAAAUAGCCAACUGGUUUACCAGAAGAAACUCAAGGACUCUUUGACCGUGGUGGUGGAAGACCUGAGGCUGUGCUCAGUCAAACCCUGUGAAGAUAAUGAGAGGAGGUUCUGCUUUGAGGUGGUUUCUCCCACCAAGAGCUGUAUGCUGCAGGCGGAGUCUGAGAAGCUGCGGCAGGCUUGGAUCCAGGCCGUGCAGGCAAGCAUCGCCUCAGCUUACAAAGACAUCACUGACAACUAUUACAUAGAGCGUCUGGACCGCACCGCGUCGCCCUCCACCAGCAGCAUCGACUCCGCCAGCGAGCCCAGAGACAGAGGGGAGAGAGGGGAUAAAGGAGUGAGGGGAGGAGGAGGAGAAAGCCUCCUUCAGAGGGUGCAGAGCCUGCCGGGCAACGAGCUGUGCUGCGACUGCAGCCAGACCUCUCCAUGCUGGGCCUCCAUCAACCUGGGAGUGCUGCUCUGCAUCGAGUGCUCGGGCAUCCACAGGAGUUUAGGCGUUCAUUGCUCUAAAGUGCGUUCACUGACGUUAGACUCAUGGGAGCCAGAGUUACUGAAGCUGAUGUGUGAAUUGGGGAACACUGUGAUUAACCAGAUCUAUGAGGGAGGCUGUGAGGAACAAGGAGCAAAAAAACCUGGACCCUCCAGUUCAAGGCAGGAGAAGGAAGCCUGGAUCAAGUCCAAAUAUGUGGAGAAGCGCUUCCUGAAGAAAAUGAGCGGCAGCGAGGCAUUAGUGGAGGGUGAGAGGAAGUCCCGCCCCUGGACGGUGAAGAAGUGCCAGCGACACAGCAGUUCUGUCCGCGCCCCCAACAAGGCCCGCAGGAAGUACCACCGCUACGAGCCAGGCAGCGCCUCACCUGCAAACCUCUCAGCAGCAGCUGCUGCAGCAAAGUUUCGCCGGGACUCCCUGUUCUGUCCAGAUGAGCUGGACUCACUGUUUUCCUACUUUGACACUGGCUCUGGUCCUCGCAGCCCCGCAGGUCUCAGCAGUGACAGCGGCCUUGGAGGAAGCACUGACGGCAGCACUGACAUCCUGGUUUUUGGCUCUGUGGUGGACAGUGUCACAGAAGAAGAGGAGGAGUCGGAGGAGUCCUCCAGCGGUGAGGUGGAGAUCGAACAGGAAACGUCUUCAGACCCAGAGGAUCCCAGAGAGCUGCAUCCCGGGGCGCUUCUCUACCGAUCCUCACGUUUGCACAACCUGCCUCUCAUGGCCGAGGCGGUCGCCCACGGCGCUGAUGUCCACGCCGCAAGUGAAGAGGAGGAGGGAAAAACGCCGCUCAUACAGGCCGUGAUCGGGGGUUCUCUCAUUGCUUGCGAGUUCCUGCUACAGAAUGGUGCUGACGUGAAUCAGAGGGACAUGAGAGGCAGAGGACCGCUGCACCACGCCACCUUCCUGGGACACACAGGUCAGGUGUGUCUGUUCCUGAAGAGAGGAGCGUCACAGACAGAGGUGGAUGAGCAGGGUCGCGACCCACUAAGCAUUGCUGUGAAAGCUGCCAAUGCGGACAUCGUCACACUAUUGCGUCUAGCGCGGAUGAACGAGGAGAUGCGAGAGGCCGAGCCUCCGUUGGGUCAACCAGGUCAAUACCACAGCAGCAGCCCCACUGAGCAGCAGUAUAGGAAGUGCAUCCAAGAAUUCAUCUGCCUCACGAUAGAUGAAUGCUAGUCACUUCUGUAUCCAGGAGCAUAGCUUGUGCCCUAUACAUACAGUAUAUAUACAGUAUAUACAUACUAUGGUAUAUAUUCCUCUUGACUGGAAACGGAAAGUGACCCUGUAGACAAAGUUGCCCCUAGACACUGAUCUCAGUUACUCGUGUAGAUCAAGGCUUAUGGGGAACUUCUUCAGGGCGUCUGCUAAGAGCGGAGCGUACCACUUGCUCAUUAUGAGGGUGUGUGGUGUCAUAGGGAGACCCCUGAUGGACCUUUUUAACUUGACUGAUGAUACAGUCACCACCUUCAUUUCUCUGCAUCAUUACCAUGUCUCUGCUUGCCAUGACUCAGCACCUGCCAUGCUAUGAUAGCUCCAUCUCACACACACACACAUGGUGGGUUGUUUUAAGGUCCAGUGUGUAACAUUCAGGAGGCAAUAUUGUAUAAUAUUCGAAAAUAAUCUAACAAACAGUAGUUUGGUUUUCUUAGCCUUAGAAUAAUUUUUGUCAUGUGUACUUUAGCCAAGGGCCUAGCUUUGCGGAGGCCGCCAUAAUUCCACAGCAGCAAAAAUGGACCAACUAGCAAGAGCGUGUUUUGCAUUUUGAAGCUGAAGUCUAGUACACAAACAAAGGAGAAUGGCAUCUUUUCUGGUAUGUGAAAGCCACCUUUCCAACUUUCAAGCAGUGUUGCCAACUUAGCGACUCUGUAUUUCUAUAUGUCUAUAUAUUGCGAGCAUUCGGACGCCUCUAGCGACUCUUUUUCAAUAAAGCGAAUAGCGAUAAAUAGCGAUUCUCUACAUUUUGCAUCUUUACCAGAAAUGAAGACAAGACAAAAUCACCAUGUCUGGUGUUCCCAGUUCGCAGGCUUGCUUUGUACGGAAGUGAAUGCAGAUUAAACACAUUCCUACUGGUCACAAACAUGUUAAAACCUGGGUUUAAACAUUUUUUUAGUGUAUAAUUUUUACACACUGGACCUUUACAGAGUUAUCAAACGUGGUAUAACCUCUUGUGCGAGAAUGUGGGGUUAUCUAACACCUCUGACCUCUGAACAACUGUACUAACCCCCAUCACUUCAUAUCUAUCCAAACCUUCUGUGACAUCCAGCAUAACCAGCUCUUCUCAAUCAGAGAUGUAAAUAUAGAUAUUUAGAAGUUACAUGGGUAAUCUUUUAAAUGUGUUAUGCUGUGGCAUGAGGUGAAAAAAAAAAUGGCAUGUGUGCCACUGCUUAUGGAAAAACGUGGGUCGAGUAGUUUCCUGUGUAUGCAGAGGAAUCAGGAGGGGAAUUCAGUGUGAAACUGUGACAGAAAUACUGAAGGGCUUAUGGGGAAGAGACCCUCACCUGCUCUCGUAGAUAGUUUGUGACAUGGUAAGUGAGUGAGUCAGUGAGCAAGUGAGUAAACAGGAGAGUAAAGGAGUGCAUGUGUCACUGAAAGAGUAAAAAAAAUAUAUAUCAUAAUAUGAUACACUAUGUAAAGGAAAAAAGAAACUGUGCACUUUUCCCAUUCUUAGUAUUAUAUAAUUUUAUUUUUUAUUGAGCUAGCUUUUUUUUUUAGAUUGUUCUUGUCCACUUGUGUUAUUGUAUAUCUUUAUCUAUAUGUCUAUUUUAUUUCGUUUAUAUUUAUGUUUAUCUCCCCAGAGGACCAGUGCAAUGCAUUUCUUGGGUGCAGUUUUCAUCUGCAUUUCUGUUAAUGAUUGUCAUUUUAAUCUAAGUGUUCAAAUUACACCUUGUAAUAGCACUUCCAUGAAAGACUGUGCUUUCAUUUCCACUUUAGAAUGGACUUAGAUUUAAAUGUGUACAACUUUGGCAUUCAGACAAACCACUGAUAGAGAUUUUACUGCCUUUGCUAUGGAAAUUGUAGUUGCGGGGUAUCAUUAUUUAAAUGACUCACAGUUAGUUAUUGGUUUCUUUUGAGGAUGGAGUUGUUAAGGUGAUGUGCAGACACAAUCGUGGCAGUGUUGCAGUGCAGUAAAGGAGUGAAUCAAAACAGAUAGCCCAUAAACGGUUGACUUCUUCCCUGACAAUUGCAGAAAAUUUCUUGGGAAAUAACCCCUCCCUCGGUUUUGUUGUAAAUACUCAUCCAUUUGACAGAACCUGUGGAGAGACAUUACUUUUGAACAGUCUACUUGCCUGUGGGGUAAAAGGACAUGUACAUUUCUGUAUUCCCACACUGGUUAAAGGUGAUAUAUGUUAAAUAUGUACAGCAGUGACCUUUAGUUUUCAAAACGGUUACUGCACAUUAAUUGUAAACAUUGCGGGCUACGGUUGUCAGACUUUCCUUAACAUGAAUUGCACAUAUACCUGGCGUCACACACAUAACUGUCCCACCUUCUGUUUUAUGUUCAAAAUCUUUUAGCCAAUUUGAUUAAUGUUUUACGUGUCGGCGACAGACAGAGAUAGCAGAGAAUUAUCACAUGAUUGGAGACAAGGCAACAAUAAUAGUCUUCAAAAAGAUUAUGUUCCUUUAAUACCCACCUGAGUGAGAGUUAUGCCAUGUUUCCAUCAUAGUACGGCUCGGUUUGGUACGGUUUGGAAUGGUAAAGCCCUGGGUCAGUGCCCUUACUUGGUAGGCGGAGUGUAUUCUGUGCCUGACGGCCAUGUCAGCAACAUACAUAAUUUUAACGCAUCUCCAUUGCAGAUCCUCAUUUUGUCUCUUUGGUCAAGUCAUUUUUGAGAGGAGUAGUGAGGCUUUUUAGGUUUGGUAACAUUGGACAUUUAUGACCCUGCAGCUGCAGUUGGCUGUGUCAAAGGGCGACUCAUUGUGUUAUUAGGCUGUUAUUUACGGCCCACAAACGAAAAUUUAAAUUGUUAAUCUUUUGAUUUAACAUGUCCCCUUGCCUUGCCUGAAGCAACAUCAUGGUCCUUUUAUGACUUAAUAUUAUACAUUCCUUACAUAUAUCACCUUUAACGCUGACCAUAUUCUCUGCAUGCCACUCCAGAAUUUUUUUCGGAAGUUCGACAUCUUUUACAUUAAUAAGCAUGAUGAAACAAUUUUCUCUGGUUUGACCACGGCGUACAGUGCAGUCCAGUGGAAUAAGCAUGCAUCGCCAUGACACCUCUGUGCCAUCCUUCUUACCACAAACAAAAUCUGUGGCGGCUUCCUCAUUCCUGUCAUAUUGGUUUUGUUUUUUUACUCGCGAAAACUUACAGUUGUUUCUGCCGUGGGUUUUAUUUUCCUCUGCCAAAGAUUUUUUUAAAGGGAAAGUGUCUGACAUUGUUGUAUGAUAACACAGUUUUUUCUUUCUUUAUGAAACUGUUCCGAGUAGAUACAGCAUAGUCUUACACCAUGCUUUGUGAAGUGACACAGUGAUGAAAACACUUUUGAUGUACUCGCGUGUUCAAAAGAGGUCACAGAGUUGUGACUCACCACCUGACAGAUUUUGAUGUGGCAGGUGAGAUUCUGCAUUAGUUCAAUGUGCUGCAAGUAGAACCAGUCUAUCAGGUGAUGUGAAGCUACUGUGACCAAACUGCUCUAGCAGAUGUAUUCAAUGUUGUGUCCAUUGUCUGUGUGUGUUUUGACAUAGGAGUGGUUAAAGGUGCUGCUCAAAACAAACAUGCUGUAAAUAGUACACUUAUGUAUUUCAACUCAAAGCCAACUGCCUGCCGCUCAGCAUUCAAUCACGGAUCCUGACUGUCUGAUCUAUUUCAUGUUUGUCUUUUUACUUAUAACAAAAAAACAACAACUAUCAGACAGACCUGUAACGUCUUCUGUUCAAUAACAUUUCAAUAUCUUUGGAAUACUUUCUUUCUCGUGUUUAGAAGCACUGAAGGGGAAACAAAGUAAAAAUACAUACAAUAAAACUGAAAAAUUCUGGAUGAACUAACCCGGCUUCCUGCUUGUUGCUCUCAUUUCUGUUUCCUGUUUCAUCUCUGAUCUGUAACAUUCUCUCAACAUUAAAGCAAUACAUUUGAAAUGGUUCUAUUUUUAAAAAGUUGGACUUUUUUUUUUAGAUGUCUAUCCAUUAAAGUAUUGCUGGAUGUUGGGAGAAUACUGUUUUUCACAAUAUAAUCUGGUGUUUCUAACUUUUGACUUAUUCUCUGCAAUGAAAUGGUGAAUUAAAUCAAUGUUUCCCACA